AUGGUGAAGCGUUCACCUACAUCAAACGCCAUAGGUGGCAGAUGUUCUGUAGGCCCCUUAUCCGGCCCCAGAGAUGGAGUGUUUGUCCGAGGAAUAUCGGUCAAUUGCAGCACAGAAGCUAUUAGGGCCAUCUGGAAAUUGCCAAGAGUCAGCACCGAUUACAGGGACACCAUCGCUGCCCUUUCGAAUCAGCCACUGGAGCAAGCAAUUCUGUCAAGACUUCCAAAGGAAGGCACAGACUGGGAGAAGGAUGAUCAGGACAACCCCUUAGGAUUCCAAGCUAAUGCCCUGCAAAUGCCUGAUCUGAAUUUAUGGCACCACUUCAUCUACUGCAACCUGAUGCCAACAACCUACAUUACCAAGGUCACCUAUGAACAAGCCAUGAUGUUAAGGGCAGGGGUGACCUUUUUGAACACAGACACAGAGAGCAGCCUACAACAACCUUUGAGGCUGAAUAAGUUGGAUCAGAGACCCCCAGGCGCAUCUUCCUCAGGACAAGCAGCAUCCACUCCCACUCCGGCUGAACAGUUGAGGCAGAGAGAUUUCAACAAGCAGACUCGGUUCAUCCUGGACUAUGUCCACCAAUGCCAAUUAAGGACCGAGCAAUUCUUGCAGGAAAUGCACAAAUGCAUUGGAUGCCCUGAAAACUGCCCAUUGCCACAUGAUCCGCCAACCCAUCCACUUCAUGGCAUGCCGCCAUGA